AUGGAGGCUCUAAGGGAAGGCUUCGGCCUGAGGCGGCUGUGCUGCAUCAGUGCCGUGGCGGCAUUUUGCUUAUUCGGAGCAAAGCCGAGCCAAGCGGCAGCUUCUAACGGCUCGCAGGUAGUGUCCAACCCAUGGGGAGAUUCCAUGCAAAAGUUCAACAUCCCAUACACUCACGGCAGCGGGGUAUACGUAGACCUCGGGAACGAGAAGACAGUGAGCAACAAGAAGUACCGCGAGCCUGCGGGGAGGUGUCCUGUAAUGGGUAAGGAGAUAAAGCUGCAGCAGCCCACGACGGACAGCUCUAUAUGGCCUGGGAACUACCUGGAGAAGGUGCCCACCAAGGGGUCACCUCAGGACACGCGGCCGCUCGGGGGGGGCUUCGCCAUGUGGGACACAAAGCCCGUCAAGAUAAGCCCCUUGACUCUGUCAGAGUUGGAGACGCUGGCGCAGCAGCAGCGGGCCAAAAACGAUCCCACCUCCCCCGCCUCGGAGAAGCUGGCGAAGGUCACCGACGGGCUGGGGCUGUGUGCGUGGUGGGCGUGGGCGACGUACGUGCCCAACGGGACUACGGACUUGAACGACAAGUACAGAUACCCUUUUGUUUGGGACGAAGAAACCAAAGUGUGCACUUUGCUGGGAGUUUCCAUGCAGCUGCUCGAGGGUGCCGGCAAGUACUGCUCCGUCGGCGACGCCUCCCCAGCCCUCACUUGGUACUGCUUCCACCCCGAAAAGACCACCCGGCUGGUUUCUUACAACUCCCCUUAUGUGCGCGAAGACCACGCCACGGCUUGUCCCGAAAAAGCCGUUUUAGGAGCUCAUUUCGGAACUUGGGACGGGACCACUUGCCAGCGCAUGAAGGCUGCAAAGCAAAUCACCGUCGGCAGCCCCACGGAGUGCGGCAAAGCUGUCUUCAAAGUUUCUUCUUCAGACAAUCCCACGCAGUACACGAAGCCGCCCACCACUGAGGGCAGCAGCAGCACCAGCUCCAGCAACGCAGUGGCCACCAUGUGGCCUGUGGGCGCCUUUUCCAAGGACCAGCCCCACACGCAGGGGGUGGGCACCAACUAUGCCAACUGGUACACCAAUGGUACUUGCGAAAUGUAUGACAUGGUCCCCACUUGCUUCACCCUCGCCCCCAACCAGUUCUCGUUCACAUCUUUGGGAUCGGUCGAUCCCAGCACUGCCGAGCUGCCCCCCUGCACCGAAGCCAGCGAGGGCUGGGAAAUCUACGGCUACUGCGAGUGCGGAGACGGCCACUCGAAGCCCUGGAAGUGUGAGAACGGCCAGUGGGUUGGCGGCGGCGACGACUGCAACUGCAGCAGCAUCCUUCCCGUAGCCUUGGGCAUUAGCUUCGGCCUGCUUGUGCCGAUUGCCGCUCUUAUCGGCUACUUCAUCUACAAACGAAAAAAAGACACCAGCAUCGCAAAGAACCCUGAGAAGAAGAAGCUUCUGGACGGGGACGACGAGAGGGAUGAGGAGUUCUUGAAAGUGCAAGAGAAGAGGAAGCACAAGCAAAGUGAUUUGGCCCAAGAGGCCGAGCCUUCCUUCUGGGGAGAAACUCCCCAGGACCAAACAAACGUUGUGGUCGACCAGAACGCCCACGACGCCUACUACUAA